AUGAAACCACCACGAGCAAUCUUGCUCGUGGCUGUGCUGGGCGCCAUAGCUCAUCUCAUUAGAGGAAACGAAGUUGUGAAGUUUGCUAGAACGCUUGAGGGGAGUGGGUCGCACCGGGAGCUCAAAACCGAUAUCAGCCUGCAACUGGAUAACAAGUUCCAGGGAGACUCGUGCAGGCUCUCCUUGGUAGAAAAUCUCCCAAGCUCCGUUUUUGCCGAUACGUUCCAACUCCAGCGCUUAACUCGGAUGGGAAGAUAUGAAGCAGCCCAUGUAUCCGGUGAUCUCGAUCUGGAGAGGCCAGCGUUUUUCUCUGGACCAGUCACCCCGCUAGGCAUUGACAGCUACCACCUCGUAAACUUGAGCUCUCCAUCCGUGGCCGUGAGCUGCAAGAAGAAUGCGGAAGAACUCCAACUCGAGCUCGCUGCAAGCGAAGAAGUCCAAUGGCCAAUUCCAGCAGGGAACCCCAACGACGCCAGCACUGUGAAUCGAUUCACGGCGCUGGCCGCCGCUGCAGGGACGCUGGUCCUUUGCAGCAUCUCAGUCAUGAAGAAGAGGUGUCCUUGGUGUUGA